AUGGCAUCCAAUUUCCUACGUCCUCUACGAUUCCGUCCUCUUAUCAAAUCCUGUCCUCGCCGAUCCCUAUCGACUCCUCCACCGCCCUCGUCCCAACCAGCGCGCGACUCCUAUUCGCGCCUUCGCCGCUUCAACGAACGUCUUCCGUCGUUUCUACGACCGUAUACGGCCCCUCUCUUUGGCGCACCAGUCACGCAUAUCACCUCUUUCCUGAUACUACACGAGAUCACAGCCGUGGUGCCGCUCUUCGGCCUCGUAGGGGCAUUCCAUUAUGCUGGUUGGACGCCGGACUCGAGUUCUUGGGUUGGCGAGGGAGGAGCUUUCGAUGAAGGCGUGAAGAGCUUCGGAAGGUGGCUGAGAAAGAAGGGCUGGGUGGAGGAGAGCGAUGUGGACGUUUUAGCGGGAACAGGGAAUACAGCAAGCAGUGGGCCAGAGCAGCCGGAGCUUAGGGGUGCUGAAAGCAAAGGAGUGCGCUUGCUUCUGGAGUUUGCGACAGCAUAUGCGAUCACAAAGGCAUUGUUGCCAGUUCGGAUUGCAGCGAGUGUAUGGGCUACACCCUGGUUUGCAAGAACGGUUGUCGGACCAGUGGGAAGUUUAGCCAAAAAAGUCUUUGUUCGCAGGUAA